AUGGAAAUUGAUAAGGUUCUUGAUGAGGCUUUUGAAAGGCUGAAGCUUGUAAAAGUUGAUGACGCAGAAAUAAUGUUAUAUAAAUUUAUUUUACUGACGUUUGUUCUUGGUUGUGUGAAUAACUUUACUACGGAUUGGAAAAGAAGCAUACACAACUUUUACGAAAAUAAAGUACAUAAUAUAAGUAAGACAAAGAAAGCAAGUACUAUUAAGAACGUGUGGAGAAAAUAUAAUUUAGCAAAAGAAGGAAAAGAUAUUGAAGAUUUUUUUAAGUUUUUAAAAAACGAGGCUAUAAAAUAUGAUUUACAGAGAUGUAUAAAAAUAUAUGAUACCAUGUCGAAAGUUAGUGAAGCCAUAAAAAAUAUUUCAAACAUGGUUAUUUUAUCAGGCGUAAUUGAUACGAGAAAAAUUUCACGUUCAUUGAAAGCGCAUUUGGAGUUAAGAGAUGUUUGGCAUCAUAUCAAUGAAGAUAUUGUAGUACAUGAUAUUCCUGCAGAAUUCGAAAAACAUAUAGAACGCGUUGUUCUUGAUGAUGAUGAUCGAAUACCUGACGAACACUAUAAUAAUUCAAGUAAUAGAAAAUUUAUGAAAGAGGAAUACCAAUCUAUCUUAUAUCCAUUCUCAAGUAAAAAUUUAUGGGAGAAUCCAACAUACAAAAAGGAUGAUUUGAUUAUUGAAAGUACGUGGAACCACGACUUUGUAGGACCGGCCAUUGAUUACGUACUACAUGGCAUCAAAAUAUGCCGAAACUGGGAUAAUAGGCGAAUCGAGUCAACCUUAAACAUACGAUGCAAAUCAAAAAAGGGAGAUUUUCAAGGUUAUAUGCGGAGCGUGGCUAAUAAGACAUAUAAUUAUGAAAUAAUAUUUGGAGAAACAUCGUACGGACCCAAUCAUCCAAAUAAUUCAGAUCAUAUAUAUGAAGAUCAAGUAAGAAUUCGGAGUUUGGAAAGCCUUCAUAUACCUUUAGAAGCUGGUCCAAAUUCAUUAGAGUACAUUAAAAAAAUAAUCAAAGCAUUAUACAAUUAUCGUAUAUUAGUUAAGGAGACAGUUAAAAAAAUUGAUAGUAUUGACGUUGAAUUAGCAACGCUUUUAGAGUCAGUCACACAAUCUGAUCAGAUUCAAGCUGAAAUACCAAUUUAUGAAACUCCAUAG